AUGCAGUACGGCUUUGAUCUCGCAGCCGUGGGAUCAUUGCAGGCCAUGCCUGGUUUUCUGAAAGUAUUUGGAUAUCCCGAUGCCUCUAGUGACACGGGGUAUGGGAUCGACAGCACAGUCCAACAGCUGAUAACAUCCCUUCUAACCCUGGGCUCGUUCGUCUCAUCACUCGUAGCCGGUAUUUUCUCGACAUACCUAGGCCGACGCCACGCAUUGUGGCUCGCCUGCAUCGUCAACGCCAUCGCAGUCGGAAUCCAAAUCGGAACCACAACACCAGGCGUUCUAUACCUAGGUCGUCUUCUUCUUGGAUUUGCAAACGGGUUCCUGGUAACAUUUUCCAAUAUAUACACUGCAGAAGUAUCACCUGGACAUAUGCGCGGCGUGAUGGUCGCCUUGUUCGCAUAUUGGGUGAAUAUCGGGAGUGUGAUGGGGGCUGUGGUCGAUAACAAAACCAAGGACCGCCUUGAUAAGUUAUCGUAUCGCAUUCCGCUGGCUUGUCUGUAUAUUGUGCCCGUGUUACUAUUUGCUGCGCUUUUCUUUGUUCCCGAAAGUCCGAGGUGGUUGCUUCAUCGUGGAAAGGAGCGGGAUGCCAGGAAGGCAUUGGAGCAGCUUCGUGGGAGUAGCUAUGCUACUUUGCUUGCACCUUCUAGCGACAGUGAAAGCGACGAGAACGGAAAGGCGGGAAAUACGACCGUAGUCCCAACACUACUAGAGAUAGAAUGGGCAGAGAUGGUAAAGGGAGUCCAAGAAGAAAAGCGUGAACAAGGCAGCGUCUCUGCACUCGACAUGUUCCGAGGUGUUGACCUCCGCCGUACAAUUCUCUGCUACUGCAUGAUAGGCUGCCAAACCGCCUCCGGUGUCUGGUUCCUAAUCGGCUAUCAAACAUACUUCUUCACCGUAGCCGGGAUCACAAAAGCCUUCGAGUUCUCCAUAAUGAACACCUGCUUCGGUUUCCUGGGCGUCAACGUCGGCAUGUACGCCAUCCGCGAGCUUCUCGGCCGUCGAUCAAUUCUCAUUCUAGGCGCUAUAGCCUGCGGUCUGUGCCAACUCGCCAGCGCCAUCGCUGCCACCGUGAGCCCCGCUUCGCUACCCACAGGCCAGACACUCGUGGCCUUUACUGCGCUGUUUAUGUUCUUCUAUAACGGGUGUGUCGGCGCGGCGAGCUACCCCGUUGCAACGGAGUUGGUCAGUUCGAGGCUACGGGCUUGGACGGUGGGCACGGCGACGUCGUUGGGGUAUCUGUUGGCGUGGUUGGUGAAUUUUUGUACGCCGUAUUUUAUUAAUCCCGAGCAUUUGAAUUGGGGUGCCAGGUAUGGGUAUAUUUGGUUUGCUUCAAAUGUACUUUGUGUGGGGUUCUUUUAUUUCAAUAUGCCGGAGAUGAAGGGGAGGUCAUUGGAGGAGUUGGAUGAGAUUUUUGCGGCAAGGGUUCCGGCGAGGAAAUUCCGUGAGUAUCGGACUGUUAUACGCGAGACAGCUAGGAUUGAUGCUGUUAGUGCCAAGGGUGUUGGUUGGCUUCGUGAAACAUAA